AUGCCUCUGAUGGAGGAGUUUCUGAAGAGCACCUCUGGGCCAGUGGCUUUGAAAGGAAGCUCAAAGCAGAGACUGUUUAAAGCUCUGGACAUCGCAUCCUGAGGGCUGUCAGAGAGGAGAGCAUGGCCGUGAGUUUAGAUGACGACGUUCCCCUCAUCUUGACCUUGGAGGAGGGUGGCGGUGCCCCACUAGCUCCCUCCAACGGCCUGGGCCAAGAAGAGCUGCCUAGCAGAAGCCGGCUGCCUCCCAGGAACGCGGACAUGCAGAGGCCGGGGCCGGCGGCCGUUUUCCUUCUGGAGGAGGUAGUGGAGGGCCAGCUCCCCAUCAGCCCUGUGGCGAGGUCAUCCCGUCUCCACCAGAUGGGCCCUUGCGAUGGAGGCAGCUAUGCCGUUCACGACUCCCGGACCCCCAGUCUAGGCUCAGGGGGUGAGAGUCCCACCGGACACAACUGGGAGAUCAAUUAUCAAGAGGCAGCGAUCUACCUCCAGGAAGGCGAGAAUAAUGACAAGUUCUUCACCCACCCCAAGAACGCCAAAGCGCUGGCGGCCUACCUCUUCGCACACAACCACCUCUUCUACCUGAUGGAGCUGUCCACAGCCCUGCUCCUGCUGCUGCUCUCCCUGUGUGAGGCCCCCGCCGUCCCCGCGCUCCGGCUCGGCAUUUACGUCCACGCGACCCUGGAGUUGUUCGCCCUGAUGGUGGUUGUGUUUGAACUCUGCAUGAAGUUGCGGUGGCUGGGCCUCCACACCUUCAUCCGGCAUAGACGGACCAUGGUCAAGACUUCUGUGCUGGUGGUGCAGUUCGUCGAGGCCAUCGUGGUGUUGGUACGGCAGACGUCCCAUGUGCGAGUGACCCGGGCACUGCGCUGCAUUUUCCUGGUGGACUGUCGGUACUGCGGGGGUGUCCGGCGCAACCUGCGCCAGAUCUUCCAGUCCCUGCCACCCUUCAUGGACAUCCUCCUGCUGCUGCUCUUCUUCAUGGUCAUUUUUGCCAUCCUUGGUUUCUACUUGUUCUCCCCUAAUCCUUCAGACCCUUACUUCAGCACGCUGGAGAAUAGCAUCGUCAGUCUGUUUGUCCUUCUGACCACAGCCAAUUUCCCAGACGUGAUGAUGCCCUCCUACUCCCGGAACCCCUGGUCCUGUGUCUUCUUCAUUGUCUACCUCUCCAUCGAGCUGUACUUCAUCAUGAACCUGCUUCUGGCUGUGGUGUUCGACACCUUCAAUGACAUUGAGAAACGCAAGUUCAAGUCCUUGCUGCUGCACAAGCGAACCGCCAUCCAGCACGCCUACCGCCUGCUCGUCAGCCAGCGGAGGCCCGCUGGCAUCUCCUACAGGCAAUUUGAAGGCCUGAUGCGCUUCUACAGGCCCCGGAUGAGUGCCAGGGAGCGUUACCUGACUUUCAAGGCCCUGAAUCAGAGCAACACACCUCUGCUCAGCCUAAAGGACUUUUAUGACAUCUAUGAAGUUGCUGCCUUGAAGUGGAAGGCCAAGAGAAAUCGAGAACACUGGUUUGAUGAGCUUCCCAGAACAGCAUUCCUCAUCUUCAAAGGAAUUAAUAUCCUUGUGAAGUCCAAGGCCUUCCAGUAUUUCAUGUACCUGGUGGUGGCCAUCAAUGGGGUCUGGAUCCUUGUGGAGACCUUCAUGUUGAAAGGUGGGAACUUCUUCUCUAAACAGGUGCCCUGGAGUUACGUCGUCUUUCUGACUAUCUAUGGCGUGGAGCUGUUCCUGAAGGUUGCUGGCCUUGGCCCCGUGCAAUACCUGUCCUCCGGGUGGAAUCUGUUCGACUUCUCGGUCACAGUGUUCGCCUUCCUGGGACUGCUGGCUCUGGCCUUCGACAUGGAGCCCUUUUAUUUCAUAGUGGUCCUGCGUCCCCUCCAGCUGCUGAGGCUGUUUAAGUUGAAGAAGCGCUACCGCAACGUGCUAGACACCAUGUUUGAGCUGCUGCCCCGCAUGGCCAGCCUGGGCCUCACCCUGCUCAUUUUCUACUACUCCUUCGCCAUCGUGGGCAUGGAAUUCUUCUGUGGAAUCCUCUACCCCAACUGCUGCAAUACGAGCACUGUGGCCGAUGCCUACCGCUGGCUCAAUCACACCGUGGGCAAUAGGACUGUUGUGGACGAAGGCUACUACUAUCUCAAUAACUUUGACAACAUCCUGAACAGCUUCGUGACCUUGUUUGAGCUCACGGUUGUCAACAACUGGUACAUCAUUAUGGAAGGUGUCACCUCUCAGACCUCACACUGGAGCCGCCUGUACUUCAUGACUUUUUACAUCGUGACCAUGGUGGUGAUGACCAUCAUUGUCGCCUUCAUCCUCGAGGCCUUCGUCUUCCGAAUGAACUACAGCCGCAAGAACCAGGACUCGGAAGUUGACAGCGGCAUCACCCUCGAGAAGGAAAUCUCCAAAGAUGAGCUGACUGCUGUCCUGGAGCUCUACCGGGAGGGGCGGGGAGUCACGUCUGACAUGGCCCGGCUGCUCAAGGUCCUCUCCCAGAUGGAAAGGCACGAGCAAAACACCGUGGUGUUUCUGGGACGGAGAUCAAGGACCAAAAGUGACCUGAGCCUAAAGAUGUACCAAGAGGAGAUUCAGGAGUGGUACGAGGAGCACGCCCACAAGCAGGAGCAGCAGGAGGGACCGCUCGGCGGCAGCGGCUGGGGCGCCGCCACCCAGCAGCUCCUGGGCAGCCGCCAGCGCUCCCAGACCGUCACCUAACUCCAGUGCGCAACAGCCAUCUCGUCUAUGCAAUAACGCAAUAGUAUUAUUUUACUACGACGUAUGGAAAAAAAUGCGUGUGUGUGUGUGUGUGUGUGUGUACACGCACACGCAUU